UUCUUUCUCUCUCGCGUUGUUGCGCUGCGCCUUCCGAUUCGGCUACCCAUUCAACCUCCUCUCAGGGACUGAAAAAUAAUAUGGCAAGAGGAGGGAGGGUUAUUUACAAAAGGGCCGGCGGCAGGAAGCGAAAGAGCCGAUCCAGGGCCGCCGACGACGACGACGAUGACGAGGAGGACCAGGAUUACGUCUUCGGCGAGGAGGAAGACGAGGAUUCGGAGAGCUUCGAGGAAUCCUACGCCUCGUCUCUUGAUGCCUCCGAAGAGGAGUACGAGUUCGGCGAAUCGAGCGGCGGCUCGGACGAAGAGGAGGAGGAGAUAGAGGUGGAGGAGGACGACGACGAGGAGGAGAUCGAGCUCGUGAGAUCGAAGCCCCAGAGCGGAGCCUCCAAUGGCUGGAGAAGGAUCAAGAAACCUACGGUUUUGGACGACGAAGAGAAGGUCUCGGUUCCGAGAAAGAGGGCAAGGAGCGGAUCUCGCCGGAAGAAAUCUAGGGAUUCGGAUUACGAGGAGGAGGAGGACGACGAUGAUGAGGAUUUCUCGCCGGACGAAGAAGAGGACGAGGAGGAAGAUGUUUCUUUCAUCUAUGGCAGGAAAAGCGGUUGUCGAAGAAAAGGGAGUUCAAAACAGGAUAGCAAGAAGCGGAAAUUCGGGGUUUUGAAGCAGAAGAGGGGGAAGAAGAAGGCGCCGGCGAGGAAGCGGCGGCGGAGGGCACGGAUCUCUGAUGAGGAUGAUGAUGAUUUUAUGGUGAAGGAUCGGAUUGCGGUAAAUAAGAAGAGGAAGAAAAGCAAGAAAGGGAGGAAGAAGAAGACGACAGCAUCUAGAGCAGCGAGGAAGAUAUAUCUGGUGGAUUCGGAGACGUCUGAUUUCGAAUUCAUGACUUCAGAUGAUGAUUUCGUAGAGAAAGAUAGAAUAGCAUUAGAUUAUCAAAGGAAAAAGAGCAAGAAAGGGAGGAAGAAGACAGCGGCACCGAGAACAAAGAGGAAGAGGUCAUCAUCAUCAAUUGGAUCAGACUUGGAGUCGUCAGAUUGUGAUUAUGUGAUUUCAGAGGAAGAAUUGAGGGAUCUGGGAGUUGCCGGGAUUCUGAGCCAGCCUCAGCCAGAGAGGAUCUGCGCGAGAAGGAAGGUCGAAGUGAAGGGCAAGGAGAAAGAAGCUGAUGAGUCCGGGAAGCACGUCUGUGGAAUAUGUUUGUCAGAGGAGCAGAAGGGGACAAUUCAAGGGGUUUUGAACUGUUGUGCUCAUUAUUUCUGUUUUGCAUGCAUAAUGGAGUGGUCGAAGGUGGAGUCGCGGUGCCCGGUGUGCAAGAGGAGGUUCAUGACUAUCACCAAGUCCUCGAGGUCAGACCCAGGAUUUGGGUUAAGAAGGGCAGUUAUAAGGGUUCAAAAGCGAGAUCAGGUUUAUCAACCAUCCGAAGAAGAAAUGAGGGGCUUCCUAGAUCCGUAUGAGAAUGUGGUAUGUAUAGAAUGCCAGCAAGGUGGAGAUGAUGAACUCAUGCUACUGUGUGAUAUUUGUGACUCUCCUGCACAUACAUAUUGUGUUGGGCUUGGAAGGGAAGUACCUGAAGGCAACUGGUACUGUGAGUUAUGUAGAUCCGCAGGUGAAGGAUCAUCACAUUCUCAAGUUCAGGAUAUGCCAACUGAUCAAGGUGCAAGUAAUGUUGAUUUAUUUCCUGGUUUCCAGGAAACAGAAGAUGUUAGUAGAGACAUGCAUACCAGUAGGAACUCCCAAAUGUCGGUACCAUUGAGAGGCCAGUCUUCACAAAGAAUUGAUCUAAAUGUAUCCCCUAGACAUUUUACUGAGGAUGAUCAUGGAGCUGCAUCACAGGCACCUGGUGGUGGGGCAUCAACUCUUUCUGGAAGGCGUGCAAUACAGCGACAUAUACGCAUUUUGUUAUCACAUGGUAGACCGAGGCAGAUCUUUGCUAGAGUUAAUGGACCACUGCACAACGGGGAAAGUGAUGCUAUCACCUCAGGAAUUGAACAAAGUGGGGAAGCACCACAUGGUGCAAAGGGAGUGAACUCCUUGCACCCAGUAUCAAGUAUUGAACAACAUCAGCAGAACAUUAGACCUUUUCAGAACAGUGCUAAUUUGGCUCCAUGCACAUACGGUGAAGGAAACAGUUUCCGACAUGUGCAAGGUGCGAAGGAAGAAGUGCAAUCAAUCGUAAAAGGCCAUCUAAGAAACUUAUGCAGGGAUUUUCCACUAGAGCAUGCAACUUUCAAGGAGGUCGCAAGGCGUUCGACCCACACAAUUUUAGCAGCAUGUGGAAUCGAGCACCGCAGCAGAAUGGUUGCUGCCCCUGUUCCGUCUCCCAGCAAUUGUACCCAUGCAAUAAAUGAUGAUGAAUCGACAUAUCUGAUGAAAGGUUGCUGCUUGUCUUGCUUCAGCUCCUUUGUUAAAGAUGUUGUUCUGAAGCUUGUGCAUACAACUUCAAACCAGAGUUGACCAAUAGUUGAUGGCUUCGCCAUCAUCAUUACCAUUGGAUAGCUAGUGUUUAUUAUUGAUAAAAUUAUCUUCAAUUGUUGGGGAACUUGGCUUGUGAUUCUCAGUUUUGAAGCCCAGAGAGGCCUUGUUUCUAUGUGGACUAGAACUGCAUGAAUUGCAGGUGGGGGGCUAAAUCCAGUUUUUCCCUAGCCAAUUUUUGCUUUGAAGAUUGUAUAUGCCUAAAGGAAGAACAGUGGAGAGAAUGAAUAUGGGGGUUGGUUUCUGAAUGUUACUUGCAGAGCCUGCCUGUUUAGGAUCAGAUGCUUUUAGAAUUGUCACCUUCAACCCGUGAAGAUGCUGCAAUUGAAUUCAAGAAUUAUGGAGGUAAAUCAAAGGAAAGGAGAAAUUGUAGGUCAAAAGACUUAUGUUUCAGGUUCUUUGUUCUUUAAUCAAACUUCCUCCCCAUCGAUUUCCUGCGUGCAGGUGGUGUACGCUAUUUUUUUUUUCCUGUUGUAACAGAUUCAGUUAACUCAUACACGAUUGGAAACAGUAUUUGGUGGCAAUUUACACUCAUUAGUAGUGUCUUACUAUUGGUUUAUAGCUGGGGUAUCAGUUGAUUUUGCUGCAAUACCUUCUUCAAAUUAAAAUGUACUAGAUACCAUUCCCGUUCCAUAAGCUCUGCUUUUAUAGAGCUUUUAAUAAAGUUUAUUCUUUUCUUUGCU